AUGGAUGAUCAGACAAAACAAAAUGCAUUAGCAGGAGGAUGCCCUGUUGCACACGAUAUCAACCCAACCAAUAACAUGUAUAGACCGAAUCAAAAACCACAUCCCGAUCAAAAACUACCGUUGGAAACCGAUCGUGUAACAUCUUCGAUUCCAAGAACAGAGAAAGAAAAUUGGCAAUAUCCUUCACAACAAAUGUUUUUCAAUGCAAUGAAGAGAAAGAACUACGAACCAAACGAAGAAGAUAUGAAAGUCGUCAUCGCUAUACAUAAUACAGUAAAUGAAAAGUGUUGGGAACAUGUAAUGGAAUGGGAAAAUGAAUUUAAAGAUUUAUUAAUAUUGUUUGUCGAACAACAACAACAACAACAACAACAACGACGACAACAAACGAUAAAAAGUGAAUGUUGUGAUGUAAAAUUAGUUAAAUUUAGAGGAAGAGCAAAGGAUUUCAGUCCAAAAGCAAGAUUCUUAAAUUUUAUAGGUUAUAAGCUGCCAUUCGAUCGUCAUGAUUGGACUGUCGAUAGAUGUGGAAAGCAAGUUAGAUAUGUUAUCGAUUUUUAUGAAGGAAAGGUUGAUCCAGAGACCAACAAACCAAUUGGAAUCUAUUUAGAUGUGAGACCUGCAAUCGAUGAUCUCAGCACUUUAAAAUCAAGAUUUAAUAAUUUAUUCAAAUAA